CCGGGAGCGCUUGGCGCGCCUCCCAGGCUGCCCCUCCCCCGGGUAAGAGGCGAAGCGUGGGAACGCGAUGGGGGAGACGGAGCCAGAGGGCGAGCGGCGUCGGCGGUGGGAGCAGAGGGCGCGCUGAGCUGGCACCGGGGAAUCGCCGCUCGUUCGCACCAGGCGGGCAGCAGGAGCAGGACCUCCCCUCCCCAUUCCGGACGGUGGUUUAGAGGGAGCCGGCAGCAGCAGCAGCGACAGCAACAUGAAGCGGUCGCACCCGGACUACAGCUCCUCCGACAGCGAGGAGCUGGAUGAGCCCAUCGAGGUGGAGAAGGAGAGCGGAGACGAGAAUGGAAACUUGAGCUCCGCUCCAGGUUCGAUGUCUCCAACCACCACUUCCCAAAUUCUGGCUCGGAAAAGACGCAGGGGGAUUAUUGAAAAACGUCGCAGGGAUCGGAUCAACAAUAGCUUAUCAGAGCUGAGGAGGCUGGUGCCUAGUGCUUUUGAAAAGCAGGGAUCAGCUAAACUGGAGAAAGCUGAAAUCCUGCAGAUGACUGUGGAUCACCUGAAAAUGUUGCACACAGCAGGGGGGAAAGGCUACUUUGAUGCUCACGCUCUUGCUAUGGACUAUCGAAGUCUGGGCUUCCGAGAGUGUUUGGCCGAAGUUGCCCGCUACCUGAGCAUCAUCGAAGGUCUGGACACUUCUGAUCCUCUCCGUGUCCGUCUUGUGUCUCACCUGAAUAAUUAUGCCUCUCAGAGGGAAGCUGCAAGCAGUUCCCAUACAGGGCUUGGACACAUCCCUUGGGGCAGUGCCUUUGGACAUCAUCCCCACAUCUCCCACCCAUUACUGCUGCCUCAGAACGGGCAUACUACUACGAGCGGCAGCGCAACUUCCACAGAAGGUCAUCAUCACCACAGCAGAAGUGGGGCUCCCCAUGCUGAAUCAUCUUCACUGAGAGCACCCCCUAAUGGCAGCAUUGGACCAGUGCUUCCCGUGGUCACUUCAGCUUCUAAACUCUCUCCUCCCUUGCUGUCUUCCAUGGCUUCCCUGUCUGCAUUCCCCUUUUCUUUUAGUUCGUUCCAUCUGUUGUCUCCCAAUGCUCUCAGCCCGUCUACACCGGUACAGUCAGCCGGCCUUGGCAAACCUUACAGACCAUGGGGAACGGAGAUUGGUGCAUUUUAAGAACUAGCAGGGUGGUGAAGGGGUGCGUUGUCUGUAAAAUAGCCAGCUGAGCUGGGGCAUCUGAACUCCUUUUAACAGUUUGUUAUCAAAAGGUACAGUUCCAGUUUUAACAGAGUUUGUACAAAGAAAAGGUUUCUCCCCACCCUGCUUUCUAUUAGCAGAUUUUAAAAAAGCAGCAGUUGCCAGAAGUUUAUCCAUAUUUUUUUUUUGUAAAAUCUUCAUAGAUGUUAAUUUAAAAAUGAUAAUAAAAUAGAAUUUUGCUGACUCGUUUGUUAUCUUAGUGGCAUUUCUCAAAUGAUCCUGUUUGUCUGAAAACACUGGAUCUUUUUUUUAAAGAGUAGAAUUUUUGUCUAUCUCCCCACCCCCCAACAGAGCCUUAACUCACAUUUUUGUUUGGUUGUGGGGGUUUUGUGAUACUGAGAUGUUUUUCAAUGGAGAAAUUGUUUGUAAACUAUGUUUUGACGUUUGUAUUUCUGAGCAAAAGCGUUGACAAAUCAGAUGGACCAGCUUUAUCUCAGAUGUUGGUGGUGGACCUGUGGGCUUCUGGAUGAUGAUGAUGAUGAUGACCUUCCAGCUCCCAUCAGCCCCAGCCAGCAUGGCUAAUGUUCAGGGGAUGAUAGGAGCUCUACUAAAGCAAUACCUUGAGGGUCUCUGGUUCUCCAUCAGUAUUCUAAGAAGAAUAGAAUAUUUCUGUGACUAGUGCGGUGAUUCAAUCUGCCUUGCAAGUUUAUCCUGCUCCCCAAUAGGUAUAUUUAUCCCCAUUGCAGAAUCACUGUUCUGUUUCUUGUGCCAAAUUUCGUUGCGAUUUUCUUCCAUUGGGGCAAACAACACUAAAAGGUUGCAGGCCAAAUCCUAAUUCUAGAAGCUUUUACCAUUGCAACUAAGUUCAACCAACUUCGUCCGGCUCCAAUCCACUGGAUGUUUUUUGUUUUGCUAUUUAAGAUGGAGGGAUUUUAAACAUUAGAGCUUUGGGGGUAGAUUGUGCUAGGUUUGGGGAUGUGGGGACAGAGACCAUCACCUGCCAUGUUGCUGGAACGUAGGAUGUGUCUUCAACUCAAGUUCCUGCAAGCAGAUGUGCCAAGUUUCAAUCCAGAGAACAGGAGUUGCAUCUAAAUUAAGUUGGUUGCACUUGGGUUUCAUUCAGUGGCACUUGGCGUGAGUCAUGAUGACAAAGAGUUGUGUCCAACUUUAUUCUGUUCAGAUUAGACCCACCGAAAUGAGUCGUGUCCAUAAAUUUCACUGGGUCUAUUCUGAGGAUGACUAACGGUGGACACUACCCAACCUUUUCAUAUUUAUUUCAAUGGGACCAACUAUCUUUGGCUGGAUCCAGCUCCUGCAUGUGUCCCCCGUUAAAUGAGCCAAUAAAGCAUGAGAUGCAGUAGCUCUGGUGGUUUCCAACUGUUCUCCCAUGCCCUAUAGUCUGCCUUGCCUUUCUUGACUAGACAUGUAAAUAGUCCUGCAGGUAUGGGAUAGCUCAGGCUUCCUCAAACUUGGCCCUCCAGAUGUUAUGAGACUACAGUUCCCACCAUCCCUGACCACUGGUCCUGCUAGCUAGGGAUGAUGGGAGUUGUAGGCCAAAAAUAUCUGGAGGGCCAAGUUUGAGGAAGCCUGGGAUAGCUGGAUGGACAAGGGGCAGAAUAGGUGGGGAAAGCCACAGUUCCUUGUCCCGUGCUUUAUUGGUGUGUUUGUAGGUUGCAAUUCGGCAGGCAUUCAUCACACACUUAGCUCUAUCCCAUAAAAAGCUGUAAUGUUGUGGUCAUAACUGAUUGGAAAACAUGGCCGCUGACAUAGAAUCUAAUAGUUCCUUUGAGAAAACUUGAGCAAAGUUUUUUUUUUAAGCAAGUUUCAGCAUUAAAACAACAACAACCCAAAACUGCAUAAAGAGCUGCUCUCCAGUACAUAGAAACUUGAAGGCUUUAUACGGCUUUCCAUUAGUUGAGAAGUGAAAAUUUGGUCCAGCACAAGUUUUAGUUGCCUCCCAGGGCUCUUCACUAAUGUUUCUUGACCCUGCAUUUCUACUGUUGCAUAAUGUUCUGUUCAGAGCAAGCAAAACUGGAGAAAACAAAAGUGAUUAUUCUAUGUUUUUAAAAAAAUACAACCAAAAUUAAGAUACUGAAUCAUGGUUCAGUUUGUCUAAAUCUGCAUACUUUAUCCUUCUUGUAUGUUUAUAGUUUUCACAUCACAGAAUGUGGGAUUUUGUAGUACUGUACAGUGAUCCAGCAUCCCAGGGCAAAAGCCAGGUGAGCAGCAGUUCUGGAUAACCACAAAAUCGAUUGCUGUGAUGUAUAUACAUACUGUGCAGAAAAGUAGUCACUGCAUUUUUGUAGGGCUUAAAAUGAACUCCAGAGGGUAAUCUGAAGAGUAUCCCUAUCUAUUCUCAACAGGCUUGUUCCUUUAAAUGACUAUUCUAAAGAGGGCUCCACCAAAUUGGAUUUGAUCAAUUUUUGUAUUUGCAUUGUGCCUAAAUAAAAGAAUUGAGAACAAAAAAAAGUUGACUGGCAAGUUUGUCUAGCUACAUGAGAGGAAAAGGGUGUUUUAAACAGAUUAUGGUAUAAUUACCUUUGUGUGUGUUGCUUUAAGUGUACUAUUCAUUGCAUCUUCUGUUUUACUGUUCUGUUUUCGAAUUUUGGCCUGUGAAGUGAUAUUUCUAGACAUUAUUCAUGAAGCAGGCAUUAAAAAUAACUGAAAAUUUGAUAGUUCAUUUAUGCAAUAGAAGAGGAGAGCACUGUUCACAUGUUCAGUGUUGGGUGGGAUGUAAGAGACAGAAAAUCUGGUUUAACCUACUGCCCCAGCUUCACUUAUUAUUCUGAAGGUUUUAACAAACCCUGUACAGCUGAUUGUGCAAAACCUUGUGUGCUGAAUUGGAGACCUUGCCUUUUGCAACUUGUACAUGGGGGAGCUUUGUUCCAGGGGUGGGCAGACGUUUCAUGUUGAGGGCCGCAUUCCUUUUGGUUGUGGAAUUUGGGGGGGCCCACUUGCCAGGGAUAGGCAGGUCUGUAGUUGGUGGGUGGCACUGAAACCCAAUGUGAACUAGGCUACUUUCCUUAUUGCUGUUCUGAAACCUUCUGGUCUUCCAUGAUGAAUGUGAGGUAUUUCCCCUGCAAAGUGUCCCCCAUCUCCCACCCUACAAAGUGGCAUAAAGAAAUUAAAUAAACAUGGUUGCUUCAUUGCAAGUAUGUGACAUGAGUUCCACAGGCUGGAUUUCUGCUUAUUGUAUAGUUACUUAAGGCAGCACCUGCAUGUUUAGGAAAUGAGCUGACAAUCUCAUUCUACAGGAACAUAUGAGGGAGAUUCCCCAAAUUGCUCAGUAUUGUCUUGGUUCACUGAAACUAUGGCACAUGACACAGGGUGGGUAUACCUAGAAUAGGGUUGUUUGGCUCCACACCAGCCAGCAUUGCCAAUGGCUGAGCACGAUAGAUGUUUUAGUCAAACAACAUCUGG